CAGACGAGGAAGUGAGGAGGAGGGACCAGUUUGGUGGCGUGGUUUGUGCGGAGAAUAUACUAUAAACUGGAUUCUCCUGACGCCUCCAGCGCUGUGAAACCGGAGGAUCUCUCCACUUCUCAUUUUGUAUCCAAAGCAGUAAUGCGCGCAACAGCACGCGAGACUCCAGAGCUCCUGCUUCUCAGCUCGGAAACGACUUGUUAACCCGCAGUCUUUGUAAGAAAGCUAGACACCUUUGCUGUCAAUGUCAGCGCAGGUAGGGAAGAGGAUCCCGGAAGAACUCGUAGUGCAGGUUACCAGUUUGUUUGCAUAGCCUGCGCUUUUUAUCCAAAGCGAGCGAGAACCGAUGGACUUGUUUGCCUCCUUGCUUAAGUAGUUUUUUUAUUUCUUAAAGUUUUUUGAAGUGUAUAAACGGAGACAAGAUGAAGGAGAAGAAGACGCUGUACGUGUUGGUGGACGUGAUGUGCGUUGUAGUUGCGGCACUGCCCUUCAUCGUCAUGACCAUCAUUUUCAAGCCGUACCAAAGAGGGAUUUACUGCGAUGACGAGAGCAUCAUGUACCCCCUGAAACCCGACACCAUCACACACGGCAUGCUGGCGGCAGUCACCAUCUCCUGCACCGUCAUCAUCAUUUCCUCCGGAGAAGCCUAUCUGGUCUACAGCAAGAGGAUUUACUCCAAUUCUGACUUCAACCAGUACGUGGCGGCCCUUUACAAGGUGGUGGGCACCUUCCUGUUCGGAGGGUCUGUCAGCCAGUCGCUCACCGACCUCGCCAAAUUCACCAUCGGCCGCCCGAGACCCAACUUCAUGUCCGUUUGUAAUCCUAAAGUCUGCACCGGGUACAUGCAGGUGAUCAACUGCACCGGGGUCCAUGAGGACGUCACAGAGUCCAGAUUGUCCUUCUACUCCGGUCACUCCUCUUUCGGGAUGUACUGCAUGUUGUUCUUAGCGCUGUACGUGCAGGCCAGACUGGUGGCUAAGUGGGCCCGCCUCCUCCGGCCCACCAUCCAGUUCUUCCUGGUGGCCUUCGCGGUGUACGUUGGUUACACCCGCGUCUCAGAUUACAAGCACCACUGGAGCGACGUGCUGGUGGGGCUGCUGCAGGGAGCGCUCGUCGCUGUGCUUAAUGUGUGCUACGUGUCGGACUUCUUUAAGAAGCGUCCUCCGCGUUGCACGAGGCAAGACACGGCCGAUAACGAGGAGCCGGAGAGGAAACCCAGCCUGCAGAUAGUAGACUCGGAGAACAGCAACCAUUACAAUCAUCGACACACUACUGAGUGUGGUCCCGUGUGAGGGGGCGGUCGAUGAGGAGCGGGGGCUGCUGCCUGCAGACUCAAACCUGUGAGAUAGGGUCCAGAACUGGGGCUUCUACCUUUUUAAAUGUCCAGCCUGCAUGCAGGGUUUAGGUUAGUCCUGACUCUGUGGGUUGCCUGCUGCUGAUGUGAGAAGCCCCAGGCUGUCUUUAUGAAUGCUGCAACCCUCCAUUUGCAUGUCUGUUCGAAGGAGAAAGCUAAGGUUCAGGUCUGUAGCGUGCAGCCUCCAAAACCCUCUUCACUCCCCCUGUGUCAACCACUCACAACCCCCCCCCCCCCCCCUCCAACCACUGGACUGACUGAGGGUGCCCGAGCCCCGUCUCAAAGACUCCAUGAUGACCUGCUUCUCUCUUGUAAGAGAAAAAGGAGCAUAUUGUUUUUUUUAACACAUCAUUGUUGAUGUUGUAUGUGCUUAAAGCUGCAUUAAGUGAAUGACUCCACACCCACAGCAACGAAGCUAUGAUACACCAAUGCCUUAAUAAGUGCUUUUGGCCACGUUUUUCUUAUCAAGUUACAUGCAGAGGAUCCUUGGGCUCGCAAUAGAGAGAAUUAUUUUCUGCCAAUUGACAAAUCUAAGUUGGAUUUUAUUCACCUUUAUGCCACCAUAUUCUCAUAUGCUCCACUUUCUUUAGUUUCGUCACUUGUUUUUUAGACUCACUGUUUCCUAAUGAGCUACAGUCUGUUUCUCAGGCCAUGUUUGGAGGAAACAGCUGCACACAGUUUUAUAUAAUGGGUCAGUGAGAGUUGAGUUUCCCCUCUUUGUGGAUAAAUGAAUGAAAACAGCCUGAAAACUGCAGAAAUGGGAAUAUCUUUUAGUUGUAUUUCACACAUUUUACUUACUAGGAGUUCUUUGGUUUUAUGGAUAUAUCAAAUACACCGCUUAAAGGUGGGGUAGGUAAGUUUGAGAAACCGGCUCGAGAUACACUUUUUGUUGUAUUCCAUGGAAUGCUCUUAACAUCCCGAUAGCAAUGAAUAUCUUAAGUGCUUUGACAAAAAAUCCAUAAAAAAAUGUCAUCUGUGGAAGCCGUAGUACUGUAAAAAGUACGACCAAUCAUCUGAGCCAGCCCGGCUAAAAUAACUGGAUGGCCUACCUGCCUGUCAGCCUUCCAUCGGGGCACACACUUAUCUCGUGCCCUCAUUGGUCAUGUGCGCGUUCGUGUGUGUUGGAGGAGGGGCUCUGUAAGGUAGUGGCAGAUUUUUUCCGGCUGUGUAUUUUCAAAUUCUAGCGCACUCGAGCUGGUUUCUCCAAACUUACCUACCCCACCUUUAAUGUAGUUUUAUCGAUUUUUUUAAUCUUUUUAACUUCUAUUUGUAGAGAACCAAAUGAGUUAGCUGUGAUGAAAUGAAAUUUAAGAACGAGAGGAAGAGAGACAAGAAUGUUUAGAGAUGUUGGUGAAGGCACAUUUUGUUGAAUCGCUUCAUUUUAGUGCACCUUAAACUGGCUGUGUUGCAAAUCAUAAGACAUUUAUUGAGGGUGGCAACUAGUUCACAGUAGAUGAGCUCAUUUUCUCCAUAUUUAAUGUCACCCUGUUGGCAAGAAAAGGCUCACAAACUAAAUAUGUUGUAGCUGCGAACCACCCAGAAGCUGCUUUGAAAGAGGAUGUAUAUCAAACAUCAUGGUGUAGAGGUAAUCCGAUGAUCUGAAGUCAGCUGACAAUACAUUUCUGCCAGCUUUCUAACUGCCGCACAAACAGGUCUGGGUAACUAUGAGAAACAAUAUACUGUUUUAAAAGUGGCAACACAGGCUUUUCAUGCCUGAUGACUCACAGCACAUUGAUAACGUCUGAUUCAUGUUGGAUCAGAGCCCAAGUGUGCACAGAUAAGUCUGAAUCUGAAUGAAGGUCAGGACAUUUACUAAGAUUUAAAGGCAGAUCUUAUGUCCAAACUUGGUCGGAUGUACCUUCAACGGUGGUGACGUACAGUACAGAUGCCUUGAGAUCAAAUUUAAGAUUGAAAAAAGUUUUGGUGAUGCAUUUUCUACGUCUGACUUAAAUGUUUUCCACUCCUGUGUUUAUUACUUAACAAAUGGUGAGAAACAAAGGGUUUUAUUAUCAGAAUUUCAGUUUUUACCACCAACGCAAAACUAUUUUCCCCCUGUUACAUGGGGGGGGGAAACAAAUGUUUUGGGGUGGGAUUAAGGAAAGAUUAUCCUGGCAAAUCCUUUUUUAAACCUGUUUUAAGUCAUUAGCACAAGAUAGAAAACUAAUUAGACUUAGCAAAUGGAUCACCCUUCUUUUCUCAUUUUCCCUUAAGGGCUACCGUAGUGAGGCUCUCGCUAAAUUACAACUUUAAUUGUGGAGUUUGUGGACGAUGUUUGUUUGUGUAAAAUGGACUGCAGACGUAGAAACCAUUGCUUUAAUUUCUGAUACCACUACUAUACUGCCAAUCAAUUAAAUUAGCAAUUUGGCCUCUAUCUUGUUCUGUUUUAUUUCUCAAAUACGUAUAAUCAAAGAAGGAUGAGACAACCGUUAUGAAAAUGGUGUUUAAUUUAUUUUAAAGCUUUAUUUACUCUUACAAGGUUGGAAAUGCCAGCGCUGUUAAAGUUUUUGUGCAAUCACCCCCCCCGCUUGCCACUAUGAGCCACAAAUACUGUACUAAUGCUAUGAGACAUGUUUCAUGUUGCGUGAAGGAUGUAUAUAUAUGUGCUUGUAUGUUUUUAUUUCGCAUGUAGGUGCGAUUUUAAUUUCCCCUGUACAGUGUGCGUUCACCCGUUCUUUUUUUUUUAAGACUGUAGAAGUUGCCACACAAAUGGAUCCAAUUCCAGGUCCAAACAUAAGCCAGAUGCCUUGGCGGCGCUGCUGUAAUGAUAAAGGGGUUACAUAUCCAACUGUGUUUUUGAAGCCGCUCCAUUCCCACUUCAAAGGUCCGUCUCUGCUCCUUUCCCCCUUCCUGUGUUGAUGGAUGGGGUUAAUUUGUGAGUAAGGUACAGUUGUUGUGCACCAUGCAGAGCCCUGAAGCACUGACACCAGAUCAGACAGACCACAGACCUGAUGGGGGCAGAAAGACGGGAGAAUCUCACCUGGAAGUGAUUGUGAGGUCCUGACUCUGAGCUGGGAUUGGAGAGGGUGGGGUUCUUUAGAGGGUGGAGGGUAUCCCGUGGUGAACUUUAGUCCCUGGGGUCUUCUACACAUUAAAAACCCAGAUUUAGAAACAGCUGGAUCUGGUUGUGGUGAAGUGCUGUGUGAGCCCCCUCCCCUACAUCUAAAUCAUCUGUAUAUUACUGCAGCCAGACUAAUAACACAAAUAAGGAUGAGAAUGUAGAGACUUCACGGAGUUUGAUGCACCUCCACCACGUUUCCAUCUCACAUCUGUGUGUUAUACGCUUUAUUGAAUUAGUGCCUGGCACUGGUUGGUCAAUCUCCUGUUUAUGUGUCCACAGGUAUGAUUCACGUUGUUUGCUUUUUGUAUAUAGAUUGUAUCUACAGGCUCUAAAGCAGAUCAUUUUAAAUAAAGAUAUAAUCCACGUUCA